AUGUACGUGGAAAUUUUCAAUGAAAGCUCUCCUCUGCGGGGAAUCAAGCAAUCUCUGCCUUUGCAGAUUCUCCUGGGCUCAGAUCCAGGAGCCAUCUGCCUUGUCUGGGUCAGAGUACAGUCAGGCUUGGCCAGUACCCAGGAUCUACUGAGUCCUGGAGUACAGCCGAGCCUGACUGUGAAAGCUGCAGAAAGUGAGAGCCUGCAGGCGAGGCGGCAGAAGAUUGCAGGAGGAAAGGCGCAGGAGACGCUAGUGGAGUCGAAGGAAGAAAGCCAAGGUGGCAGCAGCCAUGAUGACCCCCACCAGUGCGACAUAAAAAAAUAUAAUUUUCGAUGGCCACCAGCGGAAGAGCAGAGAGGAGGAGGGACGGGGGCCAGGGGGCCGCUCCCGCUCCCCGCAGAGAAGGGCGACUUCUGCGAACUGCGCAUGCGCGAGGCAGCAGACAGCAGAGCGAGUGGUGGGCUCAGCAGCCCCACACGUCUGGCAGCUCCAAACCUCAGCGACUUCCCACCCGCCGGCCGCAGGGACCCAAAGGGACGCCUUAGAGAGCCUGCAGGCAAGGCGGCGGAAGCUUGCAAGAGGAAAGGCGCAGGAGACGCUUCGAGUCGAAGGAAGAAGACCAAGGUGGCAGCAGCCAUGACGACCCCCUCCAGGCCUGGCAUGAAGGAUGACGCAGCUGAGAGAGCGCUCCAGGACCAGGCUCAGGCUGCAGGCCCCGGCAAGGGCCGCUUCCUCGUGCGCAUCUGCUUCCAGGGAGAGGAGAGUAACUGCCCGACCCGGGAUUUCGUGGUGGGCGCACUCAUCCUGCGCUCCAUCGGCAUGCACCCUGACGACAUCUAUGCGGUCAUCCAGAUCCCAGGCAGCCGGGAGUUUGAUGUGAGCUUCAGAUCGGCAGACAAGCUGUCCCUGUUCCUCCGCGUGUACGAAGAAAAGCGAGAGAUGGAGGACUGCUGGGAGAAUUUUGUCGUGUUGGGGCAGGGCAAGGCCAGCCUGAAGACCCUCUUCAUCCUCUUCCGCAACGAGACCGUGGACGUGGAGGACAUCGUGACCUGGCUCAAGCGCCACUGCGACGUGCUGGCUGGGCCUGUGAAAGUGACUGACAGGUUUGGGAUCUGGACUGGGGAGUACAAGUGCGAGAUCGAGCUGCGCCAGGGGGAGGGCGGAGUGAGGCACCUGCCAGGGGCCUUCUUCUUAGGAACUGAGAGGGGCUACAGCUGGUACAAGGGGCAGCCCAAGACGUGCUUUAAGUGUGGUUCCCGAACCCACAUGAGCAACACCUGCAGGCAGGACAGGUGUUUCAGGUGCGGGGAGGAGGGGCACCUGAGCCCUUACUGCCGGAAGGUCAUCGUGUGCAACCUCUGUGGCAAGAGAGGGCAUGCCUUUGCCCAGUGCCCCAAAGCGGUUCACAAUUCCGUGGCUGCUCAGCUCACCGGCAUGGCGGGCCACUGAAUGCUCGCUCUCCUGUCUGCUGUGGUGGAUGAACACACAGCCAGCUUACCCUUCAUAAGUGCCAUUUUUUUUUUCUUUUAUCCUGUUGGAAGGAGAUAUUUCUAAAACCUAACAGACAUUCUCUCGUGUUGCCUUUUUCGAAACCACGUGUGCUCCUUUUCGGCCUGUUUGAAAUGGUGAAAUUUACCAGGAAGGACUAUUCAGAACUGUAGAGUGCAGAUAGGUCGGUCGCCUGCCCCCCCCCCCUUUUUCCUACCAUCGUGGAUUUGUUUUGGUACUGUGAUCGACACCCCUUCGUGCCCUUUGUACUUUUUACUACCUCCCUCCUCACGCAUUGUCUCUGUAGAAGAUUUUUGCCCUUUUGGGCUGCCUUGCUCAUCUUUAUGCCUCAGCUGCGGGUACAGGGCCCAAAGCGGCCUACGCACUCCACCAAGUGUUUAUUGAAUUGCAAACGUUGACUGGUAUAUGUCAAGAGUGCCUACCUUCUGCAGCUCUCCGCUGGACUCUUUUCAUUUGCUGCUUCUAUGUGAUAUGAGAAUUUGUGAAAACAGUGUUGCUAGAAGUGUGUGAUCUAAAUAUGCUCUGAAUCAUGGCCAAAGGCCUCCCUCUCCUAGCAUAAUAAUGUAUAUACUUUGUAACAGCAACUUGGACUGACUCAAAAGCCCUUCUGUAGGAGCAUGGAACCUAGGCAGUCCUGCUGGAAAAGACCUAAGAGGUGGUUUUUGUUGGAUUUUCUGUGUGGGAGGUUGCUUUUGUUUUCUGUUUUGGUUUGAGACAGGGUCUGCUUAUGUAACCCUGACUGGCUUGGAACUGGCUGCAUGGGUAGACCAGUCUGGCUUCAAAUUUACAGUGAUUCUGUAAAUCAUGUCUGCCUCCCUGAAGGGUGUUUUAAUCUAAUCCCUUGGUUUUCCAGCAGAUGAAACGAACCCGAAGAAGUUAAAUGACUGGGUCAAAGUACACAGUUUUGUGGAGCUUCAGAUGGUCCAUAGUAGAGUCCCCUGCCCCCCAGCCCGGUGCUCAUCCCACUACCUCUCACACUUCACAACAGCCUCAUCAACACAGGUGGGCCAAGGAAGUCGGUCUGCUCCCUCCGUGGUGAUGAUCCCAGCAUAAAGCUGAGAAACCAUUCCGUGAAAGCAGUAAGAGGAAGCUUGUCUUGCCACUUGAUAGUACUAGGGAGCUAGGGAAAGGACCAGUGAACACACUCUGUGCUUCAUGCAUCAGUCCUGGGGAGUACCACAUCAUAGCUGUCCCAGGGCCUUCCUCUCCCACUGCCAUUGUAAUCAGUGAGAAAUGGUUCCCCGCAGUAAAGAACUUGCCAGACAUUUACAUUUGCACCUCUGCCUCAGCUACUAGGAACCCUAGAGAGAGCUCAUCGAAACCUUCAAACUCUGAUCCUUGGAGAAAGGUGAUUUUAACCCAGAAUCAUGAGUGAUCUGUAAACUCAAAAGUGUUCUUGGGGAAACAGGCAAAAACAGAGGGGCUGGGUCAACUGUUACCAAGUUAAAGUGAAAGACAGUAAACUGCUUUUCCUCAGUGUUUGUCUUCUCUUUGCUGUUUUGCUAUUUCCUUGUGGCUUAGAAUGUAAAACCAAUUGUUAAGAUUUGUUCUGAAUAAAUAUUUAUCUGUUGUAUAAAAA